AAGAUUACUUCAAGGCGCAUCGAGGGACAGGAGUCGAGCGAGCCUUCUAAAGUGGACCAACCGCUGUAAGCGUUGUCCUCGUAAUUGCAUUCUCAAUCCAUACAUGUAUGUAACACAGUUAUUUGAAGUAUGACGCGCGAGGAGAAUAGCUGCGGCAUGUUGCAGCUGGCGCGCUCUACCUGGUGUAUGUUUGACAAAUAAAGCUCUGUCUGGGGCGUCUAGGCACGAGUAUGGUCUCAGCGGUUCGCGCCGGUGGGCACCAGGGCGACGGCGCGGCGCGGACUAAGCGAAGCGCGGCACUGCCCGGUCAGUGUGCGUUGCUUGCCGUACUCCUGUUCCUCAUCGCGCCGCCGUCGCCCGCUGCCGCCGGCCCCGACCAUUCGCCGAUACGCGGCUGCAUGGACGUGUACAUGCAUAUGGGCGAGGAGAAGCGCCACGCGGCGCGGGACGCUGUCCAGGCCCUGCAGGCCAUUGGCUCCCAACUGGGUCAGAUGAGGCUGGGCCGGCCACUGCCGCGCGCGCCGCCGCACGGCGCCGCCAGUGCUGGCGCUGGCGCACCGCCACCGACGCAGCUGCAGCUGGAGGCGUGGCGCUCGGGCAAUGCGACGCGGCUGCGUGCGCUGCUGGCGGGCACGGGGCUGGGCGGCGGUGAGAUGGCUGCUUUGGCGCUGGCACACACCUGCCUGUCCGCGCGGCUGCACCCGGACGGCUUCGCGGGCCGCCCCGUGGUGUCCAUCCUACUCAACUACUUCAAGCGGCCGCAUGUGGUGGCGCCGCUGGCGGCGGCAAUGUAUCAGAACUGCCAGGACGCCGGGGUGACGUGCGAGCUGGUGGUGAAUGUGGACAACCCGCAUGAGGUCGGGUCCUGGGUCGGGCAGGUGGUUGGGGGCUCCAGCAGCGGUAACAGCAGAAGCAGCAGCGAUGCCAGCAGCAGUGCGGCUGGCAGUAGCAGCAGCAGCAGCAGCAGCAGCAGCAGUGAUGCGAGCAGCAGUGCCGCUGGCAAUAACAGCAGUAGCAGUAGCAGUAGCAGUAGCAGUAGCAGUAGCAGUAGCAGUAGUAGCAGUAGCAGUAGCCAUGGUAGCGGCGGUGGUGACAGAUUUCUGGUGCCUGUGUUCUCGGCAAACCUCCACGAGUCACGCGGCUACAACCGGGCUGCCAAGCUGGCGCGCGGCAGGCACCUGGUCAUAUGGCAGGACGACCAGCUGCCGCCGCGCAGCGGGCAGUGGCUGCAGGCGCUGCUGGCGCUGAUGGCCGCCUACCCGCGGCUGGGCGUCCUGGGCAUGAACAAGUUCCGCCUGUGCAGGCAGAAGGAGACAAACAACAAGUGGGGCCGCACGGGCUGGCUGCCUGACGGCCGUGCCGGCGGUGUGCCCUGGACGUUUGCGCACCUGGUGGACUUCGCGCCCAUGGCCGUACGGCGCUCUGUGUUCUCCGAGGUGGGCGGGCUGGAUGAGGGCGUGUCGCUCAAGGGCGAGUGCGGCAUCACCGGCGACUGGGAGCUGUGCGCACGGGCCUGGAUGGCGGGGUGGCAGGUGGGCUUCUCCGCCAUGGAGGGGCGAGUGGAGGACCGCGAGGCGCCCAGCGGCACACACACCCCUGUGUCGGGGGAGCAGUGCUGGGGCCGGCAGGCGCUGGUGGGCGGCCGCGUGCUGCACAUGAGGUACGCGGCCUCAUUGCCGCUGUUUGAGGAGAUGUGCACACACGUGCGCGCCCUCAACGCCCUGGCCUUCAGCCACGAUCCCAGUCCCACGGCGGCGGCGGCCGGCGCCUUCUGCCCCUACCGCCUCGACCGCUUCUCACACUUCCCACCCGACUGGGCCAACUGCUCUGUGCCGCCGGAUGCAGACGUGGCGGCGGUAGCGGCGGCGUGGCAGUUGGCGCUGCCGCCGCUGCCGCCCGGGGCGAACGUUUCAGAGCGGCUGGGCAAGGGGCUGGGGUAUCCGCAGGCUGCGCCGGUGACUGUGGCAGCGGGAGCAGGAGGAGCAGGGGCAGGUGGGGCGCGGGCGCUCGGGCAGGUGGGGCAGGGGCGGCGGAGAGCUGGCAGCAUGAGGAGACGCCGAGGACGGCGGAGAGCGCUCUUAGGGGUGAAGGGCGUGGACGGCGAGGAUGAGGGAGGCGUCCAGCAGGCGGCGGCGGAGGAGGGGGAAGGCGGAGGGUGUCAUGUGGGGCGAGCGCAGCGAGCUGCUGAUGUGAACUGAUUGGAACAACGUCUGACAUGUGGAGCUGGCAUGAAUCCAAGGAUGCACGCUUGGGUGUACGUAUCAAGUGCGUCCUGAGGUCUUCAAGCCUGCACAGUGCCCCACCCAGUCAGUGCUCGUGUAGUAGGACAGUCGGUAAAAG